GUGACUCGCGUCGCGAAACAUGGCGCGCGGACUCGCCACGAAGAUGGCUGCCGCGCGUUACGAAAGACUGAACGAUCUAUCGCGGGGAAGCCGUUUCCCGAUCGUUCACACAAUCGCCGCGCCGCCGUCUGCUCUCCUCGGUCGUCGGGUACGGUGGUGGCCGCUGGCGCGAUGGUGUACGACAUCAAGUGGAUCAUACCGAAACUACGGAACCCAUCCCGGCUGUGGAACAUCGCGAGCAGCAUAACCUUCGCGGCGGUGGGCAUUUUUUCAAAAAUCAUCAUAGAAUGGCUGAACAAAACAACGGUGUACAACAAGCACAUUAUCGUGCGCGCCUUAGACCUCCGGCCGAAAAACGUUCCGCUCAUUACCGUGUCGAAUCAUCACAGUUGCUUCGACGAUCCGGGUAUAUGGGCGACCCUGGACUUCCGGCAUGGGUUUAACCGACGUAAGAUACGAUGGUCGCUCGCCGCACAAGACAUUUGUUUCACGAAUGUCUGGCAUUCCUACUUUUUCAUGCUCGGCAAGUGCAUACCAAUCGUCCGAGGCGACGGCGUGUAUCAGGAGGCCAUGGACUUCUGCAUCGAAAGGCUGGCCCUUGGAGAGUGGGUGCACGUCUUCCCUGAGGGAAAAGUCAACAUGCUUAAGGAAGAAAUGAGGUUGAAAUGGGGCGUGGGUAGAUUAAUAUUAGAAUCGCCUGUGACGCCUAUCGUAAUUCCUAUCUGUCAUCUCGGUAUGGAUGAAGUACUUCCCAACGAGCCACCGUAUGUGCUUAAAGUGGGAAAAAGAGUUACCAUGCAUUACGGUGAACCCAUAGACUUUAGUGGAUUGCUGGACGAAUUGCGGGAGUCAAAAGCGAGUGAGAUGGAAGCGCGCAAAGCGAUAACUGAUCGCAUUCAGGAAGAGCUUUUAAGAUUGAAAGCAGCAACGGAAAAGCUUCAUGCUAAGUUAUGACGAAGACGAUCCCUUUUCCGUCGUCCCUCCGUCUAGCCUUAAUUUGCCAAAAAUAUAAAGAGAAAUUGAUACGUCAACAAAAGUGAGAUUUGUAUGUAACGUAAGUGCGCGUACGAAAUCAAUUUCCUUUUUAAUGCGUAUAUUAGUUUUUUUUAUGCGUACUGUAAGUAUUUUUGACAAUAUUGAGUAUCAUAAUGUAAGAAGUCAUUCUGCGAAAUAACAAAAUGUUUCCAUCUUUUUUCAAUUAUUUCCUGCAACUCUCCGAGAGAUUUUAAUAUGCCUACAUAGAAUGUAUCCAAAAGUUACGUACUUGCUUUUGUAAUUUUAUAUUUUUCGAUGAAUAUAAUAUUGUGAUUGUUUAACGAUCAACGAGAUUUUUGUUCAAUGAAAUAAUCUCAAGCCUAAACCAUUAAUAUAAAAAACAUAAAUUAAUACGCUUGUUUAUAUAAACAAUAAAAUCAUGAAGAAAAUAGAUCAAAGACGAGCUGUUAGACGAUGAAAAUAAUAUAUUUAAUUAGAAAUGCUUAAAACAAUGUAUAGGAACAUCUCAACUAACAUAGUCAUCUUUAGUCUAAUAUGUCAAUUAUAAUUAAUAGAACAAACAUAAAAGAUAGAAAUAUAAUUAAAAAUCUCAAAAAUUAAACGCGUGUUGAUAUACAACGAUACGUUGGUUUUUGAAGUAUUAUCGUUGUUCUCUAAAUCCAUCCAAUAUUGAUCAAGUCCAAAUUUAAAAUCAUAGAUUUUUUAUUUAAAAGCAAAAAGUAUAUCAUAUAAAAUGUCAAAAGAGUUUCUAUAUGUUCUAUGACUAUGGUCCACAAUCACAAUAUACGUGUGAAAUAACGGAAAGUUACAUAAUUUAAGAUCAAUCAAAUUCAAUAUUGGAGCGUGUAAUAUUGGAAUUAAAAAAUUGUAAAAUUUACUCAAUUGACUUGAUUAUAGAGAACUAUGUAGUACAGAUUUAUAACAAUACUUUCGGCCUCUAUCAAUAUAUGUAUGUGAGACAAUGAAUCAAAUUAACAAUAAAGCUAACAAAUUAAUAGAGUUUAAUUUUUGUGAUUUUUAAUUAUUAUAUUUCUAUCUUUUAUAUUCGUUAUAUUUGUAUUAAUUAUAAAUUGACAUAAACUAAAGAUGAUUAAAUUAAAUCGAAAUGUUUCUAUAUAUUGUUUUAAAUAUUUCUAAUUAAAUAUAUUCUUCUUAUCUUUAAACAGAUCGUCUUUGACCUAUCUUCUUUAUGGUUUUAUUAAUAUAAACUUUAUUAAGUCCUAGUUAGUUUCAGACAUUUAGAUCUAUAUUCAAAAUGUGUCUAUAAAGAAGUAACGCGCUUUUUUGUAAUUUUAUCCUUGGUUUUACGUCUAAUAAAGAUAGAGUUACAAAAAAGCAUGCUAAUGAGCUUUAAAUUAAAGUGACGCUCAAAGCAUUUUUACGAGCAAAGAGUUGAUUGCAAUAUUCUUAGAGAUUUGUAACGAACAAAAAAUGCACGAGCUUUUGAUACAUUUUGCUGAUAUAUUCCUUCCCGGAGAGUUACGUUUUUCUUAGAUAACGUCUUGGUAACAUAUUAUACCGCCUUGUAUAAUAAUUUAUAAAUAUCUAUAUACAGGAUCAUCCCACUUUUCGCGCGUAAGUGGAGUUUCUUGUAUAUGUAUAUUAUAUAUGUACAUAGUACGAAUAAUUAUAACAGUAUCAUUAUGAUAUCAUCACGACGAUUGUCAAUAAAAGUUUUGAUAGUACAAGCGGAGACUACGUAAUGCAACUGAGGUCUGAUAACAUAAUUACAAAAAUCGUACCAGUACCUCAUCCAUUAUUUUACUUUCGAAGACCGAAGGUGUCACUAUUAGCGCGAGUGUAGCGCACACUUGGCCAUUAUUGAUUAUAUGCUUCGCGCUCUCGUUACAAGCACCGUGCCAAUUAAUCGAUUUGUACUCGUUUUGCUUAGACGUAUAAUAGACAUUUGCAGUUAAGAUUAAACGAGCGUUACAAAUAAUGCACAGCAUGGAAGACCCGCUUACUACUCGUAAGUUGUAAUACUGUAAUUUUAAAAUUUGCAUAAAAACUCGUUUGUGAAAAGCAUGUAAAUGCAGCAUGGACAGAAAAUGCUGUUUUACUACUUUGUUCGAUAACUGUGAAAGAAAGAAAAGACCAAUGUAUUCGUUCGCCGAUGAUGCAUGAUUGGCUUUUUUUUGGAUAUUUAUUGCGAUAUAUUUAAGUCGUUACAACAGCUGUUAUUAUGACAAUCGCAUAUCUAUGUACGCUCCCGUGCGUGUGCGUAUAAUACAUGUUGAAUACAUAUACUUUUAUACUAUACACACGGACUGCUAUCAAAAUUUUUGGAGCUAUUCGAACGUGAUAAAUUUAUAUGUAUCAUAUACUUGUUGAAUAUAUUAUUAAGUAUUAAAAUAUCGUCUUUCUCUACCGUCUGAAAUAAAAUUGUCUUGUUUGUUUUAGCGUUUGACUUAACAUUUUUCUUAACAGUAAACGUAAAAUUUGUUCCCUUCCCUAAGACGUAAGAUUUCUAUAUCUUUUUGCAAGCUAUGUACACUAUCUGUUUACAAAUGUUUAAGGCAAUGACUCUGCAAAAGAUAAUAUAAAGUAACGCA